AUCACCGUGCGACUGUUUACAGUGAGCGUGGCACACCGCCUCGGCCGUAGCACUGACAGUAUGAAGCCGUAGACAGGUGUGUACCGGUGUAAGUGUAACUUGGAGAGGAUGAGUAUGGAUGUGACCUUCCUCGGGACCGGCUCGGCCUACCCGUCCCCUCACCGCGGGGCCUCGGCCCUGGUGCUGCGGACAGAGGGGGACUGCUGGCUGUUUGACUGCGGGGAGGGGACCCAGACACAACUGAUGAAGAGCCAACUCAGAGCCGGUCGCAUCACCAAGGUUUUCAUCUCUCACUUGCAUGGAGAUCACCUGUUUGGUCUGCCUGGUCUCCUGUGCACUGUGAGCCUCAACACCAACCCGGACCCGCAGCAGAGCCUCAAUCGCGUGGACAUCUACGGGCCCCGGGGCCUCCGGCACUUUCUAAGGGUGACACUUGGCCUCACGGGCUCACAGCUGCUCUUCCCUUAUGCAGUACAUGAGCUGGAGCCUACAACUGACCAGAGUCCAGAAGAGGGACAGCUCAGUCUGGAGAUGACAGCUGAGUGCGGCCCUCUGCACCCACAGGAGCAGCCGGGCAGGACCAUCUCCCUGGAUGUCUCCAGUGACUCUUACCUCCUCUUUGAAGACAAGAAGUUUGUGGUCAAGGCCUUCAGGUUGUUUCACCGAAUCCCCUCAUUUGGCUUUUGCAUUCAGGAGCACGAUCGACCCGGAAGACUGAAGACUGAACUUCUGAAGGAAUUAGGCUUGAAACCAGGGCCGCUUUAUGGACGGCUGAAAGCUGGAGAGCCUGUAACUCUGGUGGAGAGUGGACGAGUCGUUCUGCCUAGUGAGGUACUGGAAGAAGCCAUUUCUGGAAGGAAAGUCUGCAUUUUCGGGGACUGCAGCUCAGUUCUCGGGGAAGGACCACUGAGGUUGUGCAAUGGUGCAGACAUGUUGGUUCACGAGGCCACCCUCGGGAACGAGCACCGAGAGAAAGCCGUGGACCACGGACACAGUACACCUGAAAUGGCAGCGGCAGUGGCUCAGGCUUGCUGUGCGCGGAGGCUGGUGCUGUACCACUUCAGUCAGAGGUACAAGCCCUGCUCCCUGCAGAAGGAAGGGGACGAGGAUGAGGUGUCAGAGCUCAAGAGGCAGGCUGAAGAUGCGCUACAGGACAGCGGUGUAGAAGUGACUCUGGCUGAGGACUUUCUGACUCUGCCCAUUCCUCUCAGAAGAUGAUGGUAGUGACUGAUUUAGCUUUUAUAUUGCCUGUAGUAGAUCAGCAGAGCCAUCUAUGUUUGUAUGUUAAAAAGUAUUUAGUCUUAGCAGUUGUUAACUUCAUACUUGACUGUCUUCAUCAGCAUAUGGAGUCUCCUCAAAUUUCCCCAUGAUUCCGAAACACUUGUAUGACUUCUCAGCCACAUUUGCUUUGAAGUUGAGCUUCAACUUUCACUCUUGACCUUGGAAACAGCAGCUGACAAGGUCCACUUACAUGCAGGCUUUCGCUCAAAUCACACGGCCUUCAUCAGCAGGCGCACCGUCAAGCUCAACUUUUAUGCAAACACGCCCAAAUUCAGAAAUACUUUAUUGAUCCCCGGGGGGGAAUUUGUUGACAACUGGAGCAAUUAACAGGCAGCAUGCACUCUCCUAAAUGGUAAUUUAUGGAAAUUGGAAAUGUUUGCACUUCUACCUACGAUUAUGUAACAACUGAGCAAACUCCUGCUGCUGAUGAAGACUGUGUAUUAUGUUUAAAAACUCCAGAACAAGCAAAUAAGUGACCUUGAGCUGAGUUUUUUUUUUUCCAUGUCCUGUUUCCAAAGUCAAGAAUGAAAUUUUCAAGCUACAUGACAGGUGAAGUCUUUUAAUCAUUAGACCAUGAUGCAUUAAUUAGUAAUUCACAUUCCAUUAAAAAAGGACAAAAUUUGAAUCUAAUUUAUUUAGUAGAAACCCUCCAAUGAAAUUGUAUGAAUAAUCACAUCAUAGGUUUCAGUCUUUCUGGUAUUUUGUUUCAGGUUGUGAUGUUAAGACUGUACUAAAACCCACGAUGUUUCUAUAUGAAUAAGUGAAUUUACAGGUUCUGUGUGAAGGUAAAGAAACAUGCAGUCAUCUCUGAACCUUUUCCAGAGCUUUAUUUCUGGAUCUGUACACAAGGUAUUAAAGUACAACAGAAAAUACAAAAUAAUGUUUAACAAAAGAAAAAAAAACUCAAAUGUUUAUGUACAAUUCUUAUAAACAAUAAAGAUAGCUUCUUGAACAUUU